AUGGUACAUUUUUGUUGUUUAAAAACUGAGUUGAUUAGAACGAGAGCAGCGCAUAGAAGUGUAGUUUGUAGUGUAAACAGCUCCAAAUUCACGAGAGCAGCGCCCAGAAAGUUUAGUUUGUAGUGUAAACAGCUCCAAAUUCACGAGAGCAGCGCCCGAAAUGUGUAAUUUGUAGUCUAAGCAGCGCUAAAUUCACGAGAGCAGCACCCAAAAAGUGUAGUUUGUUUUACAGGAGCCGCGCCCAACAAAAACAUGUCGUAACAAACCGGGCCUUCGAGUUGAGGCCGGUUACGAAGCGUUCAUUCUCUACGCUCAUCAGAGGUCGUUCAAAUUCCCGCAGAAACUGCAUCAUCUCACUCCGAAUUCUCCAGGAGCUGUUCGGAAAAUUCUGGAAGAAGAAUCGGACGAUUCAGAAUAUUUGACGGCGAAAGAAGUAAAAGAAGCGGUGAAAUAG